AUGAUUGUAUUAACUUUAUUGUUUACUGGUUUAGUAAGAGCUAGUCAUGAUUUUAAUGUACAAUUUAUCACUAAUUUUGUUAUAAAUGAACGGAAACCUACGUUUUUGGUAUACGCCGGUCUAUGUUGGAAGAAACAUGAUGAAAUUAAACUGACUAAAGCACUUAAUAAAUUGGGAGUGAGGACAUCGUCAUCGCUAGAAGUGAAAUCCAAGUUCCACGAAAACGCUGUGAUGUUCCUAACUGAUCUGGCUUGUGACAAAUUUGAAGAAGUUAUUGCCACUGCGACGUCGAGACGACUAUUUCAAUUCUCGUACCGAUGGCUAGUUCUGACGAAUUCCACUGAUGCUUUGAAGAUGAGUCUUCUCGAAGCUAGCUCAGUAUUAGCUACUAGUGACUUGGUAUUAGCUGAGAGAGAAGACGAAAUGUACACUAUGACUGAAUUGCACAAGCCAGCUAACAACAGCACAAUGGUAUCAACUCUUCGAGGAUACUACAAUGGGACUUUCUUAGAUGUAAGGCCUCGCAGGGAAUUGUAUUGGCGCCGCCGCGAUCUCAUACGGCAUCCUAUCACAAUGGCCAACGUCAUACAAGACAGCAAUAGUACGAAAUAUUAUUUGCCCCGGGAUGACAGAUUGGAAUUACAAAACGACGCCGUCGCUAAAGUGUGUUGGGUGUUCGCUAAAAUAGCUUUCGAUACGUUGAACGCGACCCCGCAGUAUAUUUUCAGCUACAGAUGGGGGUACAAAGUGAAUGGCAAGUGGUCUGGAAUGAUUCACGACAUUGGGGAGAACAGAGCAGAUCUUGGAACCAACUGCGUAUUAUUCAAAGAUCGUCUCGACAUGAUCACUUACACCGAUCUAGUGGCUCCGAUGAGGAUGCGGUUCGUUUUCCGUCAGCCGCCUCUUGCUUACGUCACCAAUAUAUUCGCUCUACCAUUCUCUUCUGGAGUGUGGCUGGCUAUCGCUGUCUGUUCAAUGGUAUCCGCUGCUGCUUUAUACCUCGCUAGUAUUUGGGAAGUGAAGAUUGAAAAGAGUCCAACACAACUCGACGGUUCUAUAGGCGAUGCUCUGCUUCUAACUGUUAGUGCUGUCGCCCAACAGGGAUGCUUCAUCGAGCCAAGGAGGUCUCCAGGUCGUAUCAUGGAAUGGGUGUUCUUCACGGCUCUGAUGGCGCUAUACGCUGCGUACUCUGCCAACAUCGUGGUGCUGCUGCAGGCGCCUUCCAACUCCAUCAAGAACCUGGCCCAGCUCGCCGACUCCAAGGUCACGCUUGCUGCCAACGACGUCGAUUACAAUAGAUUCGUAUUUAACGAUAACAGAGAUCAGCUGCACAUUUCAGUUCAUAAUACAAUUUCUCCAGAGAAUGGUAAACCACACUUCUACGAUAUAUUCGAUGGUGUCGAGAGAAUCAGGAAGGGUCUCUUCGCGUUCCACUCGAUCGUGGAGCCGGUGUACCGUCGGAUCGAACAGACGUUUCUGGAAAGUGAAAAAUGCGACCUCACCGAAGUCGACUUCAUUAACAGUCUGGACGCAUUCACGCCUGUCAAGAAAGACUCUCCUUACCUGGAAUUGUUGAGAGUCGUCUACAAGCAAAUUCGUGAAUCCGGUCUCCAAGCCGCUUUGAACAAACGGUAUCAAGUCCCGAAGCCUAAAUGCCUGAACAAGAUCGCAGCGUUUAGCAGCGUCGGCCUGCUGGACAUUCAGCCAGUGUUGAUCCUAAUGCUGUAUGGCGUCGCGCUGUCAGUCGCUAUUGCUGUCUGCGAAAUUAUCGUCUUUAAAAUGUAA